UUUUAAACUUUACGUUGUCAGCACUGAUCGCGCGCCAUUACGAUUUGAAAUAACCGUCAACUCACCGACUGUUUCUAAUUUUGCAGUCGUAUUUACGGUAGUUUGACCAAAGGAGAGAAUCGAUCGCAUAACUUUGAAACGUAAACUGUCAACUCACCGGAUACUCCAUCUUGAAACGGCCGGAUUCCUCUUUGAAAGACGAUUAUUUCGACACGUGAAACUCGGGAUCCCGUUCGCGAAUAGCACAGCAUUUCUUCGUCCACUCGAAUUGGACCGUUUGCGAGGAUAUUCGACGCCAUUGAACGUUCGGUUCUAUUCCCAAUCGGCACAAGAACACAGUGGAUACACACAGUGCGCGCGUGUUUGUUGUCGACGCGAGGCUCCAACUGCGACUGUACACGGGGGAGGGUAGGGGGCAGUGCGCGAGUUAAAUCGUCCUUCGACGUAAUCUGUCGGCGACGUGAUCUACAUUAACUUUCUAGAAAAAUCGCGGCUUGGCCGUUACAGGCUAGUUAACUGUUGUACGCUGGUGUUCGCGCGUGUGUGCUUUUCUGGAGUGUACGCUUCGACUACGGACAACUUCACGCGUCUGACCGACCAAAUCACCAAAGAUGUACUGAAACUCCACCAGUUCCCGAUCGGAUAUCGGCGAGAACACUCACCACCUUUCGGCCAUCACGAUGCCAGGAACGUGCUCGAUGACCGAUGCGGUCAGGAUCGUCGACAGUUAGUGAUGAGGAGGAGCGGCUUGUCGGCGUGCCGAUGGCUCAGGUCACCAGCAACAUGCCAGUUCUCGAACCCAGAACAGACCCGGGUCCUCUUCGAGGACUUCUAAUCGGUGUUUUCGUUCUACUGUCCCUCCCGCGAUGUCACUGUUUCGACUUAGGACAAUGCAGCGCAGCAUUGGGCAUGGAGAAUGGCGAAAUACCCGAUGAAGACAUAUCGGCCAGUUCCAUGUACGAUCCCAGCCUUGGCCCGAAACAUGCCAGAUUGAGACAAGACAAGGGCGGCGGUGCCUGGUGCCCAAAAAAUAUGGUCACAAAAGAGGGCAAGGAGUACCUGGAGGUGAAUCUGCACAACCCUCGUAUACUAUCGUCUGUCAGGACCCAGGGAAGAUUCGGGAAUGGCCACGGGGUCGAGUACACCGAGGAGUACUUCGUCGAAUAUUGGCGACCAGGGUUCAACAAGUGGGUGCGAUGGAGAAAUCGACGUGGCAUGGAGCUUCUGGCGGGCAACAAUAAUCCAUACUCCGAGAAGGAGCAAAGUUUCGACCCAGCUAUUGUGGCGACCAAAGUCCGUUUCAUCCCUUACACUUCCCAUAUGCGCAUGGUGUGCAUACGGGUGGAGCUUUAUGGGUGUCCAUGGACCGAGGGCCUGGUGUCGUAUUCCAUGCCCCAAGGAAUUAAAAGGGGCUCGGAGGUUGACCUUUCCGACAGGACAUACGACGGCAAGGAGGAAGGAGGUUACCUCUCUGGAGGACUCGGUCAACUUGUCGACGGCCAAAGGGGUCCUGACAACUUCAGAUUGGACGUCAGUGGAAACGGGAAAGGUUACGAAUGGGUUGGCUGGCGAAACGACACCCCGAGUAUGCUCGGACGUCCCGUGGAGAUCACGUUCGAGUUCGAUUACUCGCGAAAUUUCACUGCCAUACAUCUGCACAUGAACAAUUACUUCACAAAGGACGUCCAGGUCUUUUCUUACGCGAAAGUCUAUCUCGGAGCCGGUGGCAACCAAUUCAACGGCGAACCCGUGCAUUUUUCCUACAUACCGGAUCUGGUGCUGGAACAGGCGCGUGACGUUACCAUAAAGCUUCAUUCGCGCGCUGGACGAUUUCUGAAGCUGCAGCUGUACUUUGCGGCGAGGUGGAUUAUGCUCAGCGAGGUCAUUUUUGAGUCAGUGAUCUCGGAAUGGAACAACACGGAGGAUGAAGAGGCAAGGAACAAGAGCGCCAUUGUAUCAGCGACCGGCAGCCCCUAUCAGAAUAACGAGGGUCCGUUGCAGAGGGACGAAGUAAAGGCCACUUUUAAUAAGGAGGAAAACAACGAUAAUGCCCUUCCAGAUAAGAGCAAGGAGCCAGAAUCGAAGCAAUUUGUCGGGCUGGUAAUCGGUAUCCUAACGACGGUGAUUGUAAUGCUAUUGGCUGCAAUCAUGUUCAUUUUCUACCGAAAUCGAAGGCUGAAGGCUGCCCUCGCACCAUCCACGUUCUACGAUCAACACGGUGAUUUAAAGGUCUCCGUGCAAGAGGAGGGCGAGGACAAGGGACCAAUUUGCCCUCCACUUCCGGCGCAGUACCACCCCGCCACCUACGCCACGACGACACCGCAACUACACAAAACUAUCACGGAUUACAGUGGGAUCACCGAGGUGCAGCCGGUUAUUCCGUUGCUGCUGAACACAGCGAUCAAUCUCACCAGACCGAUUCCACCGGUUCAAGAAUAUCCAUCAAAUCCACCGCCCAUACCGCCACCGCCGGAAAAGUAUUACGCCAGCACCGAGAUCUGUAAGAAUUCUUUGCCACCGUUGCCGCCAUCCCCUACGCCGAGCACGCCACCGCCAAUGAGCGCGAAAGCCUCCAGCAGCAUGACAAGCUACAGUCCGGAGGAUAUGCUCACGGAGGAGGAGGACGAGGUGCCCGAGUGCAUCUUAGACUUCCCCAGGGAGAAACUGAACAUCGUUGAAAACCUCGGUUGCGGAUACUUCGGUGACGUUCACAUUUGUGAGAUCGACAGGUUUCCAGGUUACGACGAAGUUUUCCGGAACACCACCAGCGACCUCGUGAUCGUUAAAUCCUUGAGACCUGGAUCCUCCGAUGCGCUUAGGAUAGAGUUUCAACAGGAAGCAAAACGAGUAGCACGUCUGGCCGAUCGGAAUGUUGCGCGGCUACUGGGCGCGAGCCUCGAAGACGACCCCAUGUGCAUCGUAUUGGAAAACGGCGAGUACGGGGAUUUGAAUCAAUACCUGCAGAGUCACAUCGCGGAAACAUCCACUGUACACACAGCUAAGACCCUCAGUUUCGGCACGUUGGUUUACAUGGCCACGCAAAUAGCAUCCGGCAUGAAACACCUCGAGGAAAUGGACUUCGUGCAUCGGGAUCUCGCCACAAGAAACUGCUUGGUGAGCCGUGGUUAUACGGUGAAAGUGUCGGAUCUGGGCUCCGGAAGAAACGCCUACGCGGCUGACUAUUUCCGGGUCGAGGGUCGACCUCCGCUGCCAAUUCGUUGGAUGGCCUGGGAAUCCAUGCUGAUGGGAAGACACACAACAAAGAGCGACGUAUGGUCUUUCGCCGUGACUCUAUGGGAGAUUUUGACUUUCGCAAGAGAGCAGCCAUUCGAGGAGCUGCCUGAUCAUCGCAUAGUUGAGAAUGCCACCUAUUUUUACCAAGAGGACGACAGAAGGAUUAUCUUACCAUUGCCGAAGAACUGUCCAAAGGACAUAUACGAGCUGAUGCGCGAGUGCUGGCACCGUAACGACGUGGACCGUCCGAAUUUCCGUGAGAUCCACAUGUUCCUCCAACGGAAAAAUCUCGGCUACAAACACGCGGACACCAACGACACCUGAUACAGAGAACUAGAAGGCUGGAAUCUGAUCCGGCUUUCUAUGAUCGGCGAAUUGAACGGGAACUGGUGGAAUUGCCCUUCGACCAAGCUUCACCAGGUCAGACCAAGUUAGUACCAGGAUCCCACGUCGGAUACGAGAUCGUCCGAAUUGAAGGUAAAUCGUUGAUCAAAGGUGUGAUCGAACACCUCCGUCGUUUCGUUCAACCGUAAAAAGAUACACGAAUGUUUUGUAACGUUGAUUUCUUGGUCUAAGUUUUCUCUCGGGAUUCGAAGUGUUCGAUAUUCGUACGUGGUCGACGUAUCUCCUCGACGUAUCAGAGAGACUGUAAUCGUUUCACGGGAUAAACGGAAAACGUAAUUUAACGCAGAAACAAACGAACGAUCUCCGAAUCGUGGCAUUCGAAAUGGAACGUUCCUAUCGUGGGCCAAUAGACAGGAAGCACGUUCGAUAAAUCGCGCGCACGCCGCUAUGAUAUUGAUACUGUCAGCAAACAAGCUUAUGAUACUCGCGUCACGUUCAGAAUACACGUGGCUCGAAAUCGUCGAAGAUACUACGUUUUCAUCGAGCUGAUCUUGUCCGAAGAAGGCGACGGUAGCCUUUGAAACACGCGGUAGAUAUUCAUGAAUUUUAUUUGAUAAUAUUCCGGAUGAACGAUGGGGUAAAACGAAGAGUCCAUAUUUUGAUGGAUGGUGGAGCAACUUGGAAAAAAGGAGAAAUCUUUCAUUUUUGAGGAUGGAUGUUAAUAUAAUGGUCUUCAUCCUCGGGUUUCGUUUUUGAGGUUAUGUUGUAUAUUACAAUAACAGUCUUCGUCAUCAUCUUUCAUUUUUGAGGUUACGUUGCAUGUUAGAAUAACACUUUUGCAACACAAUCAGUACAAAAAUAGUCAAAAUUGUUUAUAAUUUUAUUAUCUUUCGAUAUACGCCCACCUUCGUAUGUAUACAUUUUUCAUCCCUUAAGUGAAUUGAAAAAAUUUCAUAUCAAAUGACUGCCUUAC